AUGACACUACACAACAUCAAUUUCAAAACUGAGGUCAAAGAGAUUCCAAAGGCGCAACUCGAGAAAACCAAUGAUUCUCCUAAUUACACCGGUGGCUUUGGUGAUGUCUGGAAAUGCAUCUACUCUACCUCUAGUGAUUCCUCUCUCACAGUUGCAAUCAAGGUGGUGAGGGUCCCUGACGCUAGUGAAACGGAACUGUUGAAAAAGACUGCAUGGGGUAUCCGACGUGAGGCCCACGUCUGGGCCAACUUGAAAGACGACCACGUCCUCUCGCUUCAUGGAAUUACAACUGGUUUCGGAGUCUUACCAGCGUUUGUUUCAUCAUGGAUGACGAAAGGGUCUCUCGAAAACUACCUGAAAAAGGAACCCAAACCCGAUCUUUCGACGUCGCUCGACAUGUCACGUCAAAUAGCAUUCGGUCUCAAGUAUUUGCAUGAAAACGACGUUGUCCAUGGCGAUUUGACACCGACCAACGUACUCAUCGAUAGUGACGGCAAGCUUCGCCUCGCAGACUUCGGUCUCUCAUUGAUUCUCGCAGAAUCGGGAAAUCCUACAUUUAACUCCUGCCACGCGGGUAACGUGCGUUGGAUGGCUCCCGAAAUGGUUGAGGAGCAGGCAAAGCCAACAAUGCCCGCAGACGUAUAUUCUCACGGUUGUAUCAUGCUUCAGCUACUUUGUGGUCAAGAACCUUACUUCCCGCUGAUGAAUGCGUUUCACGUGAUGACAGCGAUAGUGAGAGGAAGAAAGCCCUUCGGCCAACUCACCGGCGUUGACAAAGUCCAUGAGCAGUAUUGGCUGAAAUGCCUGUCCAUUGAAUCCCAGGAUCGACCUGAAGUCACGGGAAUCGUAGCUUUCAUAGAAACCGAGCUGCAGAAGCUUCAAUGA